CCGCUUUUUCCGGCCAGGCCCGGCCCAAAUCCCCGUCGCCCAUUUGGUCUUCAAGGUGACUAUCAGAAUUCGCCCCAAAAUCGGCAGCUGAAAUCGUCGCCGGAGCGGAGAAGAUGAGUCUGGGGAAGGUGGGCAAGUUCACGCGGAACAUUCUAGAUCAGAAGCGCCGAUUCCUUGCGGCGAAAUGCGAAGUGAAGAGGAAGCUCUACAAAGCCAUCUGCAACGAUACAUCUCUUCCGGCGGAUCUGCGGGAGCAGCACCGUCAGAAGCUGUCGGAGCUUCCCCGGAACAGCUCCUUCACCCGAUUGAGGAAUCGGUGCAUCUUCACCGGACGCCCUCGCGCCGUUUACGAGAAGUUUCGAAUGUCUCGGAUCGUCUUUCGUUCCCUGGCCAAUCAGGGGGCUUUGCAGGGUGUUAAGAAAGCUUCAUGGUAGCACCAUCCAGUGCAGGAAGUGAGUUGAUAGCUUUUCUGGGGAACGGUGCAUGUACUUGGAAGUCGAGUUUGGAUCUCAGAUAUCUCUUGUUUUCGUGUCGGGUUCAUAAAUUUAUGGAAAACGCGAAAACCCCUAUGUUUCUGUUACAAUACUACUAAAUGCAACUCUUUUGCUUCAAGCCUUCAAGAAUCUUUUUUUUCUCUCUCGAAAUCUGGUGUUCUUUUUGGUUGGUAUUUAAAUAGACUUGCAAUUUUAUUAGGGAAUAUAUACUAAGGAGAGGG